CGUUCUUCCAUAAACGCCACCCCCACCCCCCCUCCCUAUUACUGCGCCCACAUCUCCGCCUCCUCCGGCUCGCUCCCUCCUCAUCGCGCCCCCCAUAACCGCGCCUCCCCUCUCCUCACACCGCAUCCCGCUUCCCCCGAUCCCACCGGAGUCCUCGCGGCGCCCGCGUCCGUGCCUGCGCUGACCGCCGGCGAGGAGCGCCGGGCUGUCGCUGUGACCUCGCCGGCGUCCGGUGUAUUCGUCGGCUGGUUCUCUCGACGUCGCUACCCGAGAGCGCCGUCGUGUCGGCGGCCCAUGCCGGCGGCGGUGGGGGGACAGGGCGAGGGCGGCGCUCCUUGUCGCCGCGCGGACUGACAUGACUUGAGCCUUGAGAUUUAGGAUGUGUGCAGAGGGGUUGGAUUCUUGUGUAUAGGUUCUCGUUCUAUUGAUCAACCGUUGCAGAUUCUGACGGAAUGUUGGAGGGUCAAUCUUGCUUGAUAUCAAGGUCACUGCCGAGCUCCUGCGAGCAGGAAUCCAGAUUAGCUUACAUGACUUACCACCUCCUCGAGAUCACGAGGAGUAAGCGCCCACCUGGGGCCCUGUCUAUUGAGCACGACGGAAUUGCUGCAGUGGCAUCAUUGACAAAACGGACCAAAUCGGCUGAGAACAAGAAGGGUGAACCACUGGAUUGUCAAGGCAAUAAUGAUCAGGGCUACUCAGAUUCAAGCACCUUGAUAAGUUCCAUUGGCCGUGACAAUUCAAUCAAUUGCCUUGCCCGUUGCUCUCGUUCCGAUUAUGGUUCUAUUGCAUCACUCAACUGGAGCUUCCGUUCACUUGUCCGCAGUGGUGAGCUGUACAAGGAACGCCGACAGCUGGGGAUUGCAGAACACUGGGUCUACUUCUCCUGCAAUGUGCAGGAGUGGGAGGCGUAUGACCCCUACCGUUCACGGUGGAUGACGCUUCCAAGGAUGCCCCACAAUGAUUGUUUCAUGUGUUCUGACAAGGAGUCACUUGCUGUGGGCACUGAAGUUCUGGUGUUUGGCAAGGAGAUUCUUUCACAUAUUAUUCUGAGCUAUAGCAUUCUGACAAACUCAUGGUCGCGGGGUGUUGAAAUGAAUGCCCCUAGAUGUUUGUUUGGAUCAGCUAGUUUUGGGGAGAAAGCAAUUAUAGCUGGUGGCAUGGAUGCUCAAGGACAGGUGCUUCGCUCUGCUGAGCUGUAUAACUCCGAAACUAAGAGAUGGAUAACACUUCCAAGCAUGAAUAAAGCAAGGCGAAUGUGUUCUGGUGUCUUUAUGGAUGGCAAGUUUUAUGUUAUUGGGGGAAUGACCAGUAACACAGAGGUGCUUACCUGUGGAGAAGAGUAUGAUUUACAUACAGGUACCUGGCGGGUGAUAGAAAACAUGUCUGAGGGGCUCAAUGGUGCAAGUGGUGCUCCUCCACUUGUUGCUGUUGUCGAAAAUGAGUUAUACGCAGCGCAAUAUGCAGGAAAGUUAGUAAGAAAGUACAAUAAAAGGGAUAACACAUGGACAACAUUGGGAGAGCUACCAGAGCGACCGGAAGCUGUGAAUGGCUGGGGUAUUGCGUUCCGGGGUUGUGGAGAGCGGCUUUUGGUUAUUGGUGGACCAAGAGUGUUGGGUGGUGGGAUGAUUGAGCUCCAUUCUUGGAUCCCAAGGGAGGGGCCAUUGCAAUGGAACAUGAUCGGAAGCAAACCUUCUGGUAACUUUGUUUAUAACUGUGCUGUUAUGGGGUGCUGAUCUGUGUGCUCUCAAACAUACCGUCAACAAGAAAGAUUGUGAUAUUGGUUUAUCAAAUGGCAUAAAUCACUGAUUCUACCUGAUGGGUAAUCUCUGCAUUCUUUUUGACAUUUCAGAUUUUACUCAAGGUUCAAUAGAGUAGUCAGGUCAAUGUACUCGUUAAUAGUUACCAUUUGGUUUCUAUUUUCAGCACAUUUGAUUUGCAGUUGAGGAUCUGUACCUUGCUCCAUAUACUCUGUUGAAAUGAGUUUUCUGAGAUGGAUGCAUAUAGGUGACAAACUGUAAUUGAGAUAACUGUGCAUCUAUAUGAUUGUAUCAUGUUCUGAACUGUGUCAACGUUAUAGUUCUACUGUACAAAUGUCUCUUGAUAAAAACAGCAUGUAUUCAAAUGUCAUAUGUACACUUUUCA